AUGGAGCACGACCGUAUCAGCCUCCUCCCCGAUUGCAUGCUAGGCAGCAUCGUCUCCCUCCUUCCGCUCAAGGACGCCGCCUCCACCAUGGUGCUCUCCCGGCGCUGGCGACACAUAUGGUCGUCCCUACCGCUGGACCUCGACCUCGACAUCAGGUCUCGCCACAAGGGUCUGCUCUCCGAUCCAUUAAACGACAGCCGCGUAAUAUCAGCCAUCCUCUCCUCCCACGGCGACGGAGCGGCGCCUAUCCGACGCUGCUUCCACGCAGGCACCCGCGCAGACUGCUCGACCGGCGACUGGGUGCAGAUCCUAUCGCAGAGGCGCAUGGAUGGCAGCCUCGUCCUCAAGUUCGCGAUCGUCGGGGCGCGUCCGCCGCUUCCCCUUGUCCUGCUGGCGAGCGCCGGCGCCGCGCUCCGACACUUGGACCUCGAAUGGUGCCGUGUCCGCGGCAUCAUCCCUCCUACGGGUCUGGCGUUCCCUAACCUAGAAAAGCUCCGCCUGUCCCGCAUGGUGAUCCCCGAGAGGCUGCUGAACGCCAUAAUCGCCGCCUGCUCUGCACUCCGGGAGCUGUACCUUGACAGCGUCUAUGAGCUCCGCCGCUUUGUCCCACGCUCCCGUACCCUCACCCACUUGUACAUCAGGCCGGAGGUCCCGCUCGACGAGAUCUCCUUCAGGGACACGCCAAAUCUUGAAAAACUCGUCUUCUUGUUUGUCGACGUGUGGCGCCUAUAUCCCGCCAUUGUCACAAAACCUGGCCUGCCUUCUAGGGUAGACCUUGUACUUCCACCGCUAGAUUCGCCCAGCUUUGCGAUUAUGCCUAAGAGUUCGAUAUCCAUCGUAACAACACUCCAUCUCACCAUCAAAUUCAGCGAUGGUGAGGAACUCAGGAAGGCUUCCGACAUGUUAAGCUUAUUCCCAGCUUUGCAGGUUCUUCGGAUUUUGUGCUUCAGCUCUAGUUCGAGCGAGGAUGAAGACAUAUUUGGGCAGUGGCAACCGGCAGCUGACAAAAUUAUGUGCCUAAAUAAGCAUCUCAAACGUGUGGUAUUUGUAGAGUAUCGUGGCACUAAAGGGGAGAUGGAAUUUUCAAGAUUCCUCAUGGCCGGAGCAAAAGUUUUAACAAGAAUGCAAAUACUUUAUUCUGGUAACUGGAGUGAUAAGAGAAUCAGCACCCAGAAGGACUUGAUAUGUAUGGGUGGUAGAGCAUCGUCCGAAGCUCAAGUUAACUUUGAGAAGUUCAGUCACACCAUACAUGGUAAUCUAAGAAAUGUUCGCUGCCAUGUGCACCAACUUUGCAUAGUUUGA